AUGGCGAGUGUAUCGUCUUCAGAUAGUGACGACGCACCAAACCAAAUUAAUAGCGGCAGCAAGAUUGAGCCAGAGAUUCUUUCUUCGGAAUGGCUCGGUGUCGACGACGUCCACGACGGCAAUCACGAUGACGGCAGCGACCCGGACUAUACUGUUGACGACUCUGGAGACGGUGACGAUGAUGAAGACGAUGAUGUCGACGACUGCGAAGAUGAAGGCGAGGAGGGGGGCCAAGUGCGGGAUUUGGUCCCUGGGCAUGAUGGCGACGAGCUCGAGGACGAGGACGAGGACGAGGACCAGCCUGCCGACGAUUACUUGGACGAUGGAACGGAGGAGAACGACAGCGCUGUCAGCGACCCGGACAUCCGGCGCCCUAUAUCCGUUCAGGAGUUCUUGGCAUGGAGGCUGUUGGGCCGAGUGCCUAGGGAACCUGGGUUCACGAAGUCCACCGACACCUAUAUCCCUCCGCCGGACUGCUGUCAAAACCUCCGCCAGCAGCUACAACUGGACACCGGGGCGGUGGAGCCCCAGGCGAGGAACAGGGGCUACCGAUUCGAUUCCCCUUUGGACGCCGGGUUCGAUAGCUGCAUGUUUGCAAGCCGGGAGGCACAGUACGGAAAGAAAAUACGACAGGCGGUUCGCGAGGCAGUGGCUAGUGACCCACGGGUCACUGCCCGGGUCACCCUGCUGGGAACAUCAUCCCACAAAGCUACCGAUACCCUACCCGCCUCACCUGCCGCCGCCGCCGCCGCCGCCAGCGCCAGUCCACAGUCCGAGCCCACCCCAAUUAACACAACCGCCCCCACAACCACCCCCACAACCGCCUCCUGCUCCUCCGCCUCCACGCGAACGUUCUUCGCCGCGUGGGGCUGCCGGGCCUCACCAGCGGGGCCGGCUGGGCCUGCGGCUCCAGGGGUGGCGGCGGCAGCGGCGGCGGCGCCUCCGUCUGCUGCAUCUGCUUCUCCGGCUGACCUCCCCCCCGUCUGCUACCUUUCCGGCCUGGCUGUAGUCCCCUCGCCGCGCAUGAUCCGGAUCAGGGAGGUGGGGCAGGCGGGGGGCCCCGGGGCCGGGUCGGGUUGGAGCGCGUCUCAGAGGCGACACAUGGCUUGUCACCGAGCUCUACCGCGCUACCCCCGGGCUGUGGUAGACAGUUUGGACUCCCGGGCCUACAUCGGACAGUUCUCAGCGGACGGGCGGUACUUCGUGGCGGCAUUCCAGGACCGUCGUGUACGACUGUACGACGUGGAGCGGGGCUGGCGGCUACGGAAGGACAUCACCACACGGAUGUGCAGGUGGACAAUUACCGAUACCUCCAUCUCCCCCGACCAGCGCUUCGUCCUCUACUCAUCCAUCAUACCUAUCGUACACCUGGUGGAGGUUGGGAGUGUGUACGACAGCGUGUCAUCAGUUUGUAAUAUCACCCAGAUACACGAGCCCCUCAACUUUGAAAGCAGCAACGCGGGGGGCUUCGGAAUCUGGUCGGUGAAGUGGUCGGGAGAUGGACGAGAGAUUGUGGUGGGCAACAACGAUUCGUCGGUGGUGGUUAUGGAUGUGGAGACAAAGAGGGUGGUCGCCGCAGCCAGCGGCCACACGGACGACGUCAACGCGGUCACCUAUGCGGACGCCUCCCCCAACAUCAUCAUAUCGGGAAGCGACGACACGUUCAUAAAGGUGUGGGACCGCCGUACCAUGCCCGGACCUGAGGACCCCAGGAACUCCCGCCCUGGACCCCGACCCGUAGGUGUGUUUGUCGGCCACACGGAGGGUUUGACUCACCUCCACUCCAGGGGGGACGGACUGCACGUACUGUCCAAUGCCAAGGACCAGACCGCUAAAUUGUGGGACUUACGGAUGGUGCGGGAGGGCGGCUCUCUCAGACACCCGGCAGCCAGUGAGGACCACCUGGCAACCACUCACGUCCCGCGGUAUAACUGGGACUACCGCUGGCAGGAAUACCCGGGCACAAGUCGCGUCGUAAAGCACCCGCUCGACAGCUCCGUACAGACAUUUCGUGGUCACACCGUACAGAGCACCCUCAUCCGUGCGUACUUCAGCCCCGCUCACACCACGGGACAGCGCUUCGUGUACACGGGCUGUGCGACGGGCGGAGUGCACGUGUACGACAUUGUUACAGGGCAGGAGGUGGAGGGCAGUCCGCUGCGAUUGCACCGCAAGCUGGUUCGAGACGUCAGCUGGCACCCCUUCGACCCGGUACUGGCAACUGUUAGCUGGGAUGGCACGGUGGUGCGCUGGGACGCGGUGCCGCCUGACACAGACUCGCGGCCACUGCUGGUGCCAGGUCGCGACGCCUUCAACGAUAAUUACUACUAAGAGCGGCUUCACCUCAGAACCUCAGAACCUUCCAGAUCUGCGAUUGCUUUCACGGGGAGGGGGAACCCGCUGGGAGCGUUACGCUGGGCUGCUGUAAUUGGGAACUGCAAGGAUGUGCCUUUGCCGUGAAAGGGCCUUAGGUUGUAGGGACGUGUGAGGCUGUAGGGAUGUGUGAGGGUGCAAGGAUUGCGUUGAGUACACUGCACUGCGGCGACAAUCUAUUGCAUAUUUUGCUGACAAUUCAAUGAAGGUAUGCGAUGAGAGUAGGCGGAUAGGUUAGAGACUGUACUGAACUUAAGAGCUGCGCAAGCCGUUUUGUAAGUACUGUCGCCACGGCGAUGAUCUGUCGAGUGCACGUGUGUGUUUAUAACAACAUGAGGAAUAGUUGCUCAGUAUUAUAAGAGUUCCCCAUGCUAACUUAAUUUUCCUAGCCUAGGAAGUAAAGCAAAACACUGGUCCGGGUGUAGCGCCCGUCUUUUGAAAUUUUUAUGGAGAUACUUUCGGUUGUCUACGGGAGUUGCUAGAAUGAACGUGGUUUUCUUUAGGCAUAUCUACUCUGCUACUGUGAAAUAGGCCCAAAUCUUGUAAAUUUUCUAGUACGUCG